GGACUAAGGCCUCAAUAUAUGGGUUGUGCUUUGCCCCUGCACCACCACAGCACCACAAUGGUUUGACUGGGCCCAACGAUUUUGUUCUCUGUCUGCUGGUCAGUUUGUUAUUUUCUCCUUUCCUCUAUUCUUUUUUUCUCUUUGUUUUUAUUUGUUCACUGUAUUUCACAUUUUAUUGAAAUAAUUUAAUGUUUAAUUGCAGCACAUUUGGCCUAGCAUAGUAUUUUGCUGGCCAUUAGAAGUAACACUGAAGUGGGAAAACUGCAUCUGGGAACUAGAAAAGUGAAUGUUGCCCUAUUGCUAAAUGCUGAAUGUAUGUUCUGGAGGAACAUUUCUUGUUUCAGGGGAUGUUUUUGCUUAUUCCAUAAUUCCAGGCAAAUUUCCACACUUAUGAGGCGUCAGAGCAAAAAAAAUAUGCUGAUCUUUAUAUAAAAUAUUUGGGUGAAAAGAACAUGGGUUAUGAGUGAUGUUUCAAUCAGGAAAUAAUUUCUGCUGCUUUCAAACAAAAAACGGAAGCUAAAGUUAUAGUUGCAAAAGUCUUUUUUAUUAUUAUGCUUUAUUACUUAAAUCAUGCUGAAAAUCUUCUCAGAGGACCUCCUGUCAUAUGUUUCAGUUUUUUUUUUUCUGCUGAUGAAAAAAAUAACUUCCCUUUUCUUUCCGCUGAGGAGCUGCCUAUAAUCGUCUUGCAAGCGGGAAAAAACUCUUUGCAGGCGCCGAGACUCGGUGAAAGAUGAAGACUCUCUUUAUGUUGUUCUGCCUUUUGCAAGAGAACUGCCUCCUAAAAGCGCAGCAGAGGACUGAGGAGGUUCAUCUCAUUGUGCUGAGACUCGUGUUUCCUCCGAUUUACAACGGCUACAACAAGUCCUGCUGCAAACUGUAUCCUGGCCAAUGCUACAAAGUGCUGGACAGUGCGGGGUACACCUGUGAUUCACUGAGGGGAAGAGUCGCCACAACGGAGCAAGACGGAUGGAUCGAAUUCAGAAUAUCAGACGUGCAGGUCGGAGAUGCGGGUUAUUACAGAUGCGCCGUUCUGGGAACCCAGACCCAAAUUUAUUCUGACUACUAUGUGGAGGUGUUUGAAGCUUCUGAUCACUACAGCAAGUCUCAGUUUCCACUGACAACCGCCGCAGUCAGGGUCCCCAACAGCUUCACAACACUCCUGGCCUCUUCUACUGUACUGGUCCCAGUACAGGACUUCAGAGACAAUGACAGAGCCUCCUGGAAUUUUAGCGUGCCGCUUUUUGUCACUGUGUCCAUCGCAGCAAUGAUCUCUGUUGCAUCUGUUGUUGUGGCUGUUUGCCGUAGAGUCAAAGCAAAACGCAAAAAGUCAAACAUACAUGGAGCCGCUCUGUGUGAGUCACAGAAACGAGACGCCCCGGAAACGAGUGGAAUAGUCUAUGCAACGGUGGACUUCAAGCCUCGUCAGAAGCCUGAGGGGGUGUAUGCGAACCUGGAAGAGCACAGAACUGGAGAAAGCAGCUCUCAAGCGGACAACGCUGGGACGGUGGAGUACUCCACAUUGGCAAUCCACCUGAACCGUCUGAGGGCAUUUAUACCCCCAAACCAGGGGACCCAAAGUCCAGUCCUCUAGAGCUGCAGUCCCGCAACUUUUAUGUGCAUCUGCUCCAACACACCAGAAUCAAAUGAAUGGCUCGUUACCAGGUCUCUGCAGAGCCGAAUGAAACUUGGUGUGGGCAUUCAGCUGUCUGAUUUAGGCGUCUGAAAGUGGCCGGAUGGCAGGUGUGAAGGACUGGACUUUGGCACUGCUACCUCGAAUAGUUUCAUAUUUUUUCACAUAACUACAAACUUCAAUGUGCUUUAUUAGGAUUGUGAUUGACCAGCAGAAAGUAGUGCAUAAUUGUGAAGUGGAAGGUAAACAAUAACAAUUUUUAAAGACAUUUCUUAAAUUCAGAAUCUGAGUCGUGGUUUACGUUGAUAUCCCAACGUAACGCUUCACACAACCAGCUUUUGCUGCAGUUAUCUCUGUAAAUCUUGAGGUGCCUAUUUAGUCGUUUGAUCUUUAGUUAAGAUUGCAGUAAGUAACCAUUCAUUUUCAUUUUGCAGUCAUGCACUACUUUGUGUUGGUGUAUCAAAUAAAAUUCCAGUGAAGCGUCUUGAAAUUUGCAGUGACAAAUAGACAAAAUGUGAAAAAGUUCAAGUGGUAUAAUUAAAGCAAUUUAAAGGCAAAUGGCAGCUUAUGGGUGAAAACCCUGACAUAUUACAAAAGACAUGUUUUCCACCCAUUCCUGAAGUUGGAGUUAUUAAACAAAAAUAAAGGUUCCUCUGUGAGUUAGCAGUUGAACUGCGGCAUUUGAUUUCUUAACUUUCCCUUUAAAUGGUUUACUUAUGUUGGCAUGUUUGCAUGUAAAUCUGCAGCACAACAUCAAAGUAUUAAACUCUUUUGUUACUAAGACAAUUUAAAAAAAA